GCUUUGUGGGGCAUCCAGAUCUAAACCAUCAUGACUGGGAACGGGGAUGGAGCAGUUCUGAAGUCACAGGACCAAGUGGAAGGUUGCUUGAGAACAACAUACCCAGGACGAACAAAACCGAAUUCCAGCUGGAGCUGCCUGUGAAAUACGCCGUCUACUUGAUAGUCUCCAGUGGUGAGACCUCUACCAAAUACCUCAACUUCACAGCUUCAGAGAAGACCAGUCAGGCUGUGGAGCACCAGUAUCAGUUCAGCAACCUGGGCAAGAGGAGCCUUCCCAUCAGCGUGGUCUUCCGGGUUCCCGUGCGGCUGAACAAUGAGAUCGUGUGGGACCACCCUCAGGUCACCUUCUCCCCCAACCUCUUGAGUGCCUGCGGUGUGGAGGAAAGAUCACCUCCUUACUCUGACUUCCUGGCUAAGCUCAAGAAGACCCCUGUGCUGAACUGCUCCAUUGCUUUCUGCCAGAGAAUUAAGUGUGAGAUCCCGUACUUCAGUGUGGAAGAAGAAUUCUACGUCACUCUCCACGGCAACCUCUCAUUCGACUGGUAUAUCGAAACAUCGAGUAACCACCUCUUGGUGGUGAGCACAGCAGAGAUCUUGUUUAACGACUCUACGUUUGCCUUGCUCCCGGGACAGGGGAUGUUUGUGAGGUCCCAGGUAGCUGUCUCAGGCACAGAAGGCCUGCUGGAGGGUGGAGGAGAAUCUGGGCUUGUGAGGAUCAUUGGAGCUGGGGAGGGGGAGGAGAGCAACAGCAGGGAGGAAGAAAGAGGGCUGGGUACUGGGGACACAGGGAAGGCAGAGGCUUUGGGGUCAGGGGCGCCCCGGCCCGACUGGCAAAAGCUCCAGAACCCUGGAGUCUGUCUCUUCUUAUGUGU